UGUGUGUGCGUGUGUGCGAGAGAGAGAGAGAGAGAGAGAGAGAGAUGGCCUGCAAGUCCAAUAAUCAAGCUACUUGCAAUUCCUCAGUAUUGGUGGCAGGCUUUGUCACCUUCAUCAUCAUCUGCACGAGAGGAGUUGUUCAGGUAGCAGCAAGGCCAGAACCAAUACCGUCCAAUAUUAUUAAUCAUGAACUGAAGAAGCAUCUGCAGGUUAUUUCUUCCACGGGGGCAACCACUGCAACUGCAGGUCUCGGCCACAAGCUGGGGAAGCUGCAGGGAAUGAAAUCGACCAGCCUGGGCCAAGAAGAGCAAGAGAUGGACAUGACGAUGCAGCUUCAGGACUGCCAAGGGAAACAAGAAUCAGUUGAGGAGGAGUACUGCUUGAUGAUGAGGAGGACCCUUGUUGCUCACACUGACUACAUCUACACCCAAGGCAAACACAACUAAGCAGCAAUCCUAGUCACUGUGAUGGGAUCGAUCAGAGAGCAAAAUAAAAUUAUAGUGUAAUGCAAAUAAAAUUUGUCAUGUGAUGUUACGGUGGAGCCAACCGGUGAAAUAUGUAUAUAUUUACAGCUACCUAAAUGCCGCGCUUCAAAAGUAUAUGAAAAAAAUACAUAUGAAGUAUAUAUGUUUAAGGAAUACAUCACCAUAUAUAUAUAUUUGGUACUCCA